AUGGAGUCAAGUGAGCCCGCAGUAACACCAGCACACAAAGCAAAAGAGAGCCACUCUGUUAUAAGACAGAUUUCGUUUACAAUAGUAUAUAACUAUAUUGAGAAGGCAAUUUCAACUAAUGUCUCCGAAGAUAUACUUGAAGAAAUUAAGGAAAAGGCUAAGGAGCUAUUCGGGCUCUCCUGCAUCCGGCUGGAGAUAGACAAAAAGCCAGUAACCUCACCAAGCCAGAUAUUUGGCAUUCCUAACCUAAAAAUAACUGUUAUAGGCAUUAAAAAUAAGUGCGCUCUUUCUAUGUGCAAAAAUAGAGUAAACUCGCCAAAAGAUCUAAGGUGCAAGUUCUGCUUAAAGUCAUUCUGCAUCAAACACUCCAUCCCAGAAGGGCAUUCGUGCGAAAACAUUCUGGACUGUAAAGAUGUAGCUAUUAAAAACAAUAUCAAAAAUCUACUACACGAUCGUUAUACAAAGUGA